AUGGACUCGAGCUCUCCAGAUCCCAUCUCAGAGGCUCACACCUUGGUCACUGAGCUGUACUCUCCCGCCAACCAAAGAAAUCCAGCACGCAUUAAUGACAUCCAAACGCGUCUGCAGCACCUCCAGAGAGGUGAUCAUGCCUGGCAGAUUGCUGACUCACUUUUGAGGGGGCCUUCAGCCCAUCAUCGAUUCAUGGGUGCUCUCACAUUUACAGUGAAAGUGAACGUCUCCAGUCACGAUAUCGACGAGGCGACAACCCUUCAGGUCUUGGAGCAUCUGGUCCACCAUUUUGUGACUAUUGUCAAGGAGGGUGAGCAGGCCAUGGUAGUCCGGAAGCUGGCAUCCAGUUUGGUGACUCUCUUCAAGCAUUCCGCAUGUCCUUGCGAGAGAGUACUGCGGCAGGUCGCAGCCAGUUUGGCCCAUGGGGGCUUUGUCUCUGAACAGCAAGCCCAAACAGUGGACUUUGCAACUGGCGUGCUGCCAAGCCUCGAUACCCAGCAAGCCACAGCUUUGCUAUUCUUUUCGGUCACACUUGCCGAGGCCACACUACGACUUGAAGACGAGCCCCAGGAACUAGUGGGACCAGCACUUCGACGAGCCGUCACCAAUGCUUGGGAUGGCUUCUUAUUGGUGCAAUACAUCCUGCCACAGAUCUCAGGGCAGUCUGGAGCGGCUCUAGAUAAGCAGACUCAUCAGACCCUGGGCAGUGAGGUUAUGAACUCCUGGAAAGGAUGGCUCAGUGUUGCUUCCAACCGUUCGCUACCAAAUGGAGAUGAAGUUCACGGACUCGCCGUUUCUUGCGGCCAUAACAUCAUAGAGACCCUACGAGUCCCUGUCUUGAGUGAACUCGCUGCUUCUACCCUGACCCAGGUGUUUGAGAGUCGUCGUUCGGCUUUCGACGAAACUUCCAUCUGGGUUCUCUCUCGGGUGCUCGCUGACUCGAUCGUGACAGCACACAUCAUCUCCAUCACAGAGGGCCACGAAGGCACCGAAAGUAUGACCUAUGUUGAUCUUUUGGUUGCUUAUUUAUCGCAUCUCCAAAUGAAGGUUUUCAGCGACCCCAUGAAGCCUGAGAAUGCCAAAAUCCUCACUGUCGCCCACGACAUCUUCAAAACCCCUGGAUAUGCAGUUAUCGAUGACCCGGCCACGCCUCGUGUGCUAGAAUUUUGGAAUGAAAUCGCGGAGGGGGUGCUCGAUGAGUUGGAUGGAAACGAUCCGAGAUGGCAGAUGAUCAAAACGCAGUUGGCACAGGUUGUGCUUGGCCUGUUCAACAAGCUCUUGUAUCCUACAUCAGAUGACUUAGCUGACUGGACCGAUGAGGAACGAAGUGAGUUCAAUGCAUUCCGCCACGAGGCCUGCGAUUAUCUACUGUCAGCAUACCCCAUCCUCGGUGUCGAAUUGGUGAGCGUGUUUCAAGAAAGUGCAACGAGCCACCUCCAAAACGGUGACUGGCGUGGGUUCGAGGCUGCAAUGUUUUGUAUUGCCCAACUUUCCGAGGCCGUCGAUGAGAACGGACAUGCAGACCAAUGCCUAGACGCUAUCUUUGGCAGUGAGGCCUUCGCACGCCUAUGCGCUGGCGGGGAGACGGGCAUACCUCUCAAGGCCCGUCAGACUCUCGUGGACACAUUCGGAAAGUAUGAAUCAUAUUUUGAGCGGCACAACUCGUUACUUCCAGGCGUUCUCAAUAUUCUAUUCGAGUCCCUGAACUUUGAAUCUUGCGCCCAGGCGGCUGCCCGGUCAUUCUUGACCCUUUCGAAAUCAUGCUCUCGAGUCUUGACUUCGGAGCUACCCAUCUUCCUUGAUCAAUUAGAUCUCUUCCGCACAAAACCAACGGCGACCUCAUCCACGAUGCCGAAGGUCCUUGAGGGCAUUGCGACUAUCGUCCAGAGAUUGCCCUCCGAUGAAGAGAAAGUGCAGACGCUGGAGCGAAUUCUAGGUUUCUUCGUGCAAGAAGCCACUCAGGCGCGACAAGAAGCUGCCAACUCGGCCUAUGAUAUCGCUCGCUCACAUGGUCACUUGAUCCUGAGUUGCAUUGCCAGUAUCGGAAAGGGUCUACGCUUGGACGCGGAGGAGGUCAUCAACGUCGAUGCCGCCGCUCCGGAACAAAAUCCCUAUCCCCCAUCCUUUUGGAACUCGGGGCCCGGGUCACGGGCUCAGCAGUUCAUCAUGGAAUCAAUGCGCCUUCUUAUCGUGGACUUCCCUGUGGAUAGCAACAUGAUUGAUUCCGCAUGUGAUAUCCUCAAAGCGGGAUACACCGAGUCAUCAGGACUAUUCGUCUUUCCUCCAUCUAUGACGGUUGACUUUAUCAAGAGUUUCCCGCUGGGCAUUUCCGGCACCGAUGUCAUCAUGGGGACUGCAUCUGCAUUCUUGGCCUCCCAUGCAUCCCAUUCCAUGCACAUCCGUGACGAAGCGGUGGCGUUGAUUACCCAUGUUGCCCAACUCUUCGCAUCGAUGCUCGAGACUCCAGAUCUGUACGAUCCCGAGACAGCCAAUGCCGGCAUUGACUUCUUCUCCCGCUUGAUACCCAAAUACUACACGGUGCUAUUUUCCCUGACGGAGCCCCUACCAUCCCUGGCAGCUCAUUCGCACUAUCGAAGCACCCCGGCGUUUAGCGUUCCCUUGGACUUUGCCCUCCACGCGUUGACCCGACCCGAGGCAUUGACUCUCCGCUCCGCAUCUGCCUUCUGGGUCGCCCUCGUGGACCUUCGCGGCAACUCUCCGGAAGAGACUACCGCCUUGGACCAAGUCAUUCAGUCGUUCAUCCCCCGACUCAGCGAGACCUUGGUUAGCCAGAUCGCCGGCCGUUGUGCGCGGUCAGAUCUGGCCUCUCUCAGCGAUGUGAUUCGUCGCUUGAUCUUCAAGAAGAUGGCACUCUCACGGCCCAGCAUUGAUGCAGCCCUCGACAGACUGGACCUUCACACCACGGAUGAAGCCGCGAAUCGGGUCCCCCUUCUUUCUCAACAAGACAAGUCUCGGUUGGUGCAGUCACUGGUCGUCGCUCGAGGUGCGAGGCAGCAAUCAAUGGAGAUUAUUCGAUCUUUCUGGCUCAAAUGCCGGGGAAUGAGCUAUGAUUAUGCCCAGUGA